ACCCCGACUUCGGAGUGACCCCGACUCUCGCCAGACCCCGGUGGGGUUCUCCGCCCCAGGCGGAGCCGGCUCCAGACAGCCCGGCCCGGGACAGACCGCGGAGGGGCCGGCCGGCCCCAGCAGACGUCGGAGGGACCCGGCGGGGCCCACGGGGCGGGGGCAUGCGCGGGCCGCGGCAUGGCGUCGGCGGUGUUUGAGGGCACGUCCCUCGUGAACAUGUUCGUGCGCGGCUGCUGGGUCAACGGCGUCCGCCGGCUGGUGGUCAGCCGGCGCGGCGACGAGGAGGAGUUCUUCGAGAUCCGCACCGAGUGGUCGGACCGCAGCGUGCUCUACCUGCACCGCAGCCUGGCCGACCUGGGCCGCCUGUGGCGGCGGCUCCGCGACGCCUUCCCCGAGGACCGGCCCGAGCUGGCGCGCGUGCCGCUGCGGCAAGGGCUGGUGGCCAUCAAGGAGGCCCGAGACAUAGAGAUGCGGCUCAACGAGGUGGAGAAACUGCUCAAGACCGUCAUCAGCCUCCCCUGCAAGUAUUCCAGGUCCGAGGUUGUGCUCACCUUCUUCGAAAGGUCUCCCCUGGACCAGGUGUUAAGAAAUGAUAAUGUCCAUAAAAUCCAACCCAGCUUCCAAAGUCCCGUCAAAAUCUCAGAAAUCAUGAGGUCCAACGGGUUUUGUUUAGCAAACACAGAAACCAUCGUCAUCGAUCACAGUUUACCAAACGGCAAAGACCAGCACCCGGAUGUGGAUCCCGUGGAACACCUGUUUGAGAACGGCGGCGAGUUCUCCUCAGAGCUGGAGGAUGGGGACGACCCCGCGGCCUAUGUCACUAACCUGUCCUACUACCACCUGGUUCCCUUCGAGACUGACAUUCUGGACUGAGACUCCGCCGGGCCCUCCCCAGCCCGUGGCUGCCCUCUCUGCUGCUGUCCGCCGGACCGGCCCCGAGGACCAAGCCCAGGCCUGGACUGCGUGGGCGGCAGUGACCGGCGUGGUCACCCCGAUCCCCCAGCCAGCCGCCUGCACCACGAGGAGCCUGGGGGUGCUGCCAGGGGGCAGCGGGGGCGGCCGUGGUCAGGCCUGCCCGCCCCCCCAGUCUCCGACAAGCAGGAGCUGAGUCAAGGAGGCGACUGCGGGGUUCCUCUCCUUUGCACAUCACCAGCCUGGCCUGUCCCUUCAUCCCCGGGACUGGCCCCCCCAAACCAAGUGCCUGCGGGACCUUCCUGCUGCUGAGACCUUCCUGGCCUUCUAUGCUGUUGCCGCUUCCCGGGGAGGUGCCUUCCCCCGGCACAGUGGCCCAGGGGCUCCCCUCGCCCCCCCAUUCCCUCACACAACAAGCACACAGAACAUUCCACGUGAGAUUUGGCUGAGUCACCAAGUGCCGGGGGUACUGAGUCACCCAGGCUGUCCCUGGGAACCGGGGUGUGUGGCUUUCACUUCUGUUUUUCAUCUUCCCUCCGGAAAUUCAGGGCUCUGUGUCAGCCCAAGGGGGAUUGACGGUUGUGAAGGAGAAUUCGCCGCUGGGAGCCGGGACAGGCGGCUGAUGACGCUCUUCGGGAGAGGAGCCUGUGCCUCUCCUCGGCCCUGCGGUGUGGACGGCAGAGCCCGGGCCCUGUGCCCCCAGCCCCCAGGACGGGCCGGCCACGGCGCCAAGAGCCAGCCCUGGUCCCGUCCCCCUCACGGUGUCUACUAACGACCGACGUUUGCUAAUGUAAAUAAUAGUAAAUUAUUGAGAAUCCUAAUUCUUUUACACAUUCUGUUUUAAAAUCUAUUUUAAUGAAAUAAAGUCUAUUGCUCUAGCUA